AUGCGCGGCCAGCUCAAAGCAAUCAUACUGGGCGUGGUGCUGUUUGUCCUCAUCGGUCUGUCAUAUCUCCAGGUAGUAUUCCAAUGGAGAGAAGGGUUCGUUCACGUCGAUGUCGAGAAGCCAAAACCGGAGGGGAACCCUUUCUGGAAAGCAUGGCACUUGCCAGCCCUAUCCGGUCCAUCGCCAAAUACGCAUCAUCUAGAAGAAGAAGAAAAGGUGGUCGAGCGAUGUCAGGAACUUGCGUUCUCGACUGCCAGCCCCCUGCAAAUUGGCGCCCAAUCAGAUAGCAAAAGACAUAUUCUUGACAAGACGCUUGCUGAGGCCAGGGACACGGUUGCUCACACAAAAGGAUACUAUGUCCGCGACUGGAGCUUAUGGCUUGGCUGGAAUAAUAUGCGGUAUAUCAUCGAGACCGCCAUAAACCACGCUGAGCUGCUGAAUCGUACGCUCGUUCUCCCUAGCUUUAUCUAUGCGCGAGAUUGCGAAUUCCCGCAGUACGCUCGUUUCUCACUCCUUCGAAUUGAAACCAAAAUUUUGCACAGCGAGAUUUGUGCGGCAUUCGCCCACUCGGUGGAUCGCGGUGAAUCAGGUUCCAUAGAGUGGAACGACCUUCCGGAGGAGCAGGACGGCUGGCGACUACCCAUUCAGCUUAUGUUCGAUCUUCCCAACCAUUAUUCGGUCAUUACCAUAACCCAGUUCUUGCUGUUGCAAGGCCUUUCACCAACCAUCGAGAAGACGAACGGGCAGUGGGAUCCAGAGCUAUAUCUCACACCGGCGCCAGAUUAUGAGCCGCUCAGCAUGGUGUACAUUGCCCCUCAUCAGUAUGAGCCUCGAGGCAGUGUUCGGGUUGAUCGAGUGCCACCGACGGUCACAGAGACGCGAUGGGAGAUGGACGGCACUCUCCGAGAAAGGCUGCACUUGAUCUGCGCUAAUGGUACGGAGGGAGACUGGGGCUCAGUGCGGAAUGCUGUCCUCCAAUUUCUUCCCGCGUCGAUCCCUGAUGACAUGCGUAACUCUUUGCUGAAAGAUGAAACACUCGUCGAGCUCGUCCAGCCGUACGACCUUGCGCCGGUAUACCAGUACACUGCGACCUUUCAGUACCUCACCAAAGUGAUGACCGAGGGCAAGCAGGCAUUCGUCAGACGGGAAUCGAUGAAAGGGUGGGUAGACGAAUACGAUAGCGUGGACGCAGACAUUCUGUGCCUGCAAGGGGAGCACCAUCCCGGCUACCCACCAGGCAGCAUGCGGUUUACCUCUGCUGAGGCAAGGACGCGAUAUCAAGGCCUCGUCCUACGGGACAUGCAGUUUCCGAGGGUGGUGAAAGACAUCGCUGAGCGAGUGGCUCACCGGAUGACCCAGCGGGUGGAAGGAAGGAUGUGGAUGGCUGUCCAUAUGCGGCGGGGAGACUUCGUGCGAUUAGGGUGGACUCUGAAGGGGGCAAACGAGUUCCAUGACCAUCUCGAGAGGGUGAAACUUCAACUGAACAACGGACGUGGCAUACUGAGAGGACUUGCGGAGAAGGAGUGGCAAGACUUCCAACUUGCAGAUGUGGGUGGUUUGGAACCUUCAAGAGAUUGGGUGGGAAAACAGCCACCAAAGGAUGAUGACCCGUCCGUUGUUGUUCGAAACCGCGUUCCUGAACUAAUCGAGGUCAACAGCUUUUACAUUGCCACGGAUGAACGGAACACUACGUAUCUAAAAGAACUCCAAUCCCAAGGAGCCAUCCUCUUCUCAGACCUCCUCACCCCCUCCGAUCGGCAGCUCCUGGGAUCUGGUGCAAUGUUCACAGACUAUGUGAGUCUUGUCGAGCAACUGGUCAUGGUGCGUGCUGCGUACUGGGCUGGGCAUGUCAUCAGCAGUUUAUCGGGUACUGUGGCCAAUCAGAGGGCUGCUAGAGGGUGUGAUGUGCGGACAACAGUGUUGGAUUAG